AUGGCCGACGUCAAAUCUCUAGAACACCCGACAUUAAAGGUUCCAUACGAAUUAUUAAACAAAAAAUUCAGAGCUGCACAAAAAACAUUAGAUCGUGAAGUAUUUCACGUUCAAGCAGCCGCUUUAGACUUGGAAAAAGGUUUACAAAAUGAAUCAGUUGGAGCUGGAGAAAUUUCUAGAUUGUUAGGGGGAAUGGUGGAACGUUUACAGGUUUUUAAAAGAAAGGCUGAAGAAAGCAUUUCUGAAGAAUUACAGGCAGGGUAUGUUUGUAAAAGAAGACUUGAACAUUUGAAAGAAGCAGUUGGAGAAACAAAUUCUGCUACAGUUGCUCAAUGGCGACGUGCUCGUCUUGACAGGAUGCUAGUAGAAUAUUUUUUGAGACAAGGAUAUUAUGGUAGUGCUACAUGUCUUGCACAUGCAUCACAAUUAAGAGAUCUUACAAAUAUAGAUGUUUUCUUAGUAUCUAGAGAAGUUGAAAAUUCAUUAGCUGAACAUGAAACAUCUAAAUGCCUUGCCUGGUGCUAUGACAAUAAAUCAAAACUGAGAAAAUUAAAAUCUUCCAUGGAAUUCAACAUAAGAAUACAAGAAUUUGUCGAAUUAAUUAGGUCCGAUCGUAGAAUAGAUGCUGUUAAACAUGCAAGAAAACAUUUGUCAACAUGUGAAAAAGAACAGCUUCCAUCUGUUCAACAUGCUAUGGCUUUGCUGGCAUUGCCAUUGACAACACAAUUAAGUCCUUACAAAGAACUUUUAUCACCCGAUCGUUGGGAUAGAUUAAUAGAACAAUUUCGACAAGAAAAUUACAGAUUGUUUCAAUUGUCUCCACAAAGCACAUUUACAGUGACGCUUCAAGCUGGAUUAUCUGCUCUCAAAACUCCAUAUCCUUUUAUUCAAUUUUAUUUUACUUUCCUCGGCGCCAAAGAAUUUCGUAAUGCAAGUUGUCCAGUUUGUCAAGAUAAUUUGAAUCAGUUAGCUGCUAAUUUGCCAUUUGCCAAUUGUAGUCAAAGUCGUUUAAUAUGUGCCAUUUCUGGUAAGCCUUUAAAUGAACACAACACGCCGAUGGCAUUACCAAACGGUUACGUUUACGGAGACGAGGCCCUAUCACAAAUGGCGGCCGAAAAUAACGGUCAAGUUAUUUGUCCGAAAACAAAAGAAUCUUAUCCGUAUAAAAAAUUAGAAAAAGUAUACGUCAUGUAA